CGGAGGUUGGAGCGGGAAGGAGACAACUACCACAACAAGCACAGUCAACUUAUUACUCGGUCUCUGGGAUAAAUGGAGAAACACUCGCCUCUCAUGACAAUGUGAAACUUAAUGUUUUAUUGUUUUGUUUUGUUUGUUCUGGGAAACGGAGAAUGAGCUUUCCUGCUCGUUUAAGUAGCUGUCAGUUUGUUAGCUAAUCUCUGUAGUGCACACGAGCUUUCCGAGCUUCAAUAAGUUUUUUGCAGGAUUGAGACAACAACAGGUGGAUUCCCCGAUGGCCUCUAAAGGUUGGCAGCAUCCUUAUGUCAACAUAUUCAAACAUGUCAGGAUAGAAGACUGGAAAAGGUCGGCAAAAGAGGGGGAUGUAUCGUCAUGCACGAGCAAGGCACUGAAAUGUUCAGUGUUCCACAUCAGGGGUCCUGUUCCUGCCAACAGCUACAUCCUAAUACCAAAAAACAGCAACCAGUCUUUGGCGCUGACAGGACGCUAUGUCUACCUUCUCUUCAGGCCCACACCUGGAAAAUACUUUGUGGUUCACCUGGAUGUUUCUGCAGAGGAGGAUCAGGUGGUCCGUAUCUCUUUCUCCAACAUGUUUAAAGAGUUCAAGUCCACAGCCACCUGGCUUCAGUUUCCUUUCCUGUGUGGAGCUGCAAAGGAUUCAGUCUAUGAAAGCACAGCCAAAUCAGCAAGUCAUGGUUUAGUUGGCCCGGCACCCUCGUCCGUGCGGUGGACUUGUCUGAUGCUGGAUCUUCAGUACACGCUGUCUGUCUACCUCGACCGCCGCUACAGUAACUUGAAGAGCAUCAAGCUUUGCGCCAACAUGGCCGUGAAAAACAUGUUUACCAGCGACCUGCUGCUAGAUCCAGGAGUGUCCUUCAGUGAAGCCAAGCUGAUGGGUCUGUCUUCUUCUCAUGGAACAGGUCCAAUACCCAGAGAAAUGUCCUUCCCUGUUCCUAAGGGAGGCUCCUGGCAUGACGUCUAUGAUUACAUCAGAUUUCCAUCAGAGGGAACAAAAUUACCUUUUGACUCUAUUCAAAAGGAUGAUUCCAGGCCUGAUUCUAGAUGUCUCUCCAAAACUAGAAACCCUACUAGAAAGGAGUCCUGCUCUGUCAACCUCAGCAAACCUGUUCAGGACCGUGUGUCUCUUAUCCAACAGAUCACCACUCCUAAAUCACUGCCAAGCAACCAAGCCCCCAUGGUGACUAAAAUACCCGAGUUGGGUGUAGUUUCCACUCACAAGGAGAACGAGUGGCUUUACCAUAAUGGUGACGAGAACCGGCUAGAGUCCACAUGCUCAGAUUCACACCACCUCACAUCAUGCCCGUCCUGUGAAGCUGGUGAUGAGGGCGUUCAUGUGUACGUGCAUGCUGAGGAUGUCUGCAGUGCACACAGGGAGGAAAGUGAAGAAGAGUUUCAGUGCACUCCUGUUCCACAUCCUGUCCAUCUAUCAUCGUCCAAAGAAACCAGACAGCAGAAGCUGCUUCCAGACCCGAUUCUCAGGCUCAAUCGAAUCAUCGGCUUUGGAGGAGCAACGACUAAAUGUGCCCUGUGGACCAAAUCAGGAGAUGCUGUGGUGUAUCCAUGUCAUGCAAUCAUCGUCUCUAUGAUGAUAUCCUCUAACCAGCAGAGGUUUUUUAUCGGCCACACUGAUAAGGUUUCUGCUCUGGCUUUUAAUGGCAACACAACAAUUCUGGCCUCAGCACAGUCUGGCAACCACAGUGUGGUCCGAGUAUGGAACUACCACAAAGGAAACUGUCUGGCUAUGUUUCGGACUCAUGCUCAUUCCUUUUCAUCUCUUAGCUUCUCAUACAGUGGCAGUAUUCUCUGUGGAGUGGGAAAGGACAGACACAAUAAAAAUAUGGUGGUGGUGUGGAGCACUUUGAAUGUUAGUAAAGGUGGAGAGGUGACCACCCUCGCCAAAGCUCACACCGAUGUGGACAUCAAAACCAUAAAGGUUGCAUUCUUCGAUGAGACAAGGAUGGUGUCAUGUGGUCGAGACAAUAUUCGCCUGUGGAGAGUGCGAAAUGGGACGCUGCGUUCCUGUCCAGUCAGCCUGGGUGAAUACCACUCAAUGGACUUCACAGAUGUGGCCUUUGAGGAAGGCAGCCACAAUCUUGAUGAGCGAACACUAUUUGCCAGCAGUCGGAGCGGCCACAUCUUUGAGAUCGACUACAGCAGAGUUGUUACCAGAAAUGUGAGGAGGCUACUCCCUGCACAGCAGCAGCACUCAAACCGCAGGGAGAAAUUGACUUUUAACAAUGGUCCAGGAAUCGCCAUCAACAGCAUCAGUGUGUCCUCUUCAUUCUGUGCCACCGGGUCUGAAGAUGGCUUCCUGCGUCUCUGGCCCCUUGACUUUUCUGCUGUUUUCCUGGAAGCCGAGCAUGAGGGACCUGUGAGCCUAGUGUCAGUCUCAUCAGACAGCCUUCAAGUCCUGGCAGCCACAUCUUCAGGUAACCUGGGAUUCCUUGACAUCAGAGGCAGAGGAUAUAGCACACUGAUGAGGUCACAUACAGACUCCGUGCUCGGCUUCAGUGUGGAUGGCCUCCGUCGACAUCUGACAACAGCCUCUUCUGAUGGCACGGUUCGCAUUUGGAGUAUGGAUUCCUUACAGCAGCUGUAUGACUUUGUGUCAGAGGACAGUCCCUGCUCAGUGGCCUUCCAUCCUAGUGAGCAGGUCUUCAUUUGUGGCUUCAGCUCUGGCAUCGUCAGAGUCUUUGACAUCUCCAGUGCAAAGCUGCUGGCUGAGCACAAGCAGCACAGAGGUGAAAUAGUGGGUCUUGCCUUCUCACCAGAUGGGGAGUUCAUGUACAGUGCUGACUCUCAGGGGUCUCUGGCACUUUACAACACCUCUGAGGAAAAACAUCAUGUGAUCCGAGUUGCUUGUAAUGUGGUGGCGCGAGGCACUGAGCGCGCUCCAGACGCUCUUACAGUGAGCAGUGACAGCCGCUGUCUGGCUUUUGUGGGUCCCUCUGAGUACAUCAUCACCAUCGCUGACUCACGGUCUCUGGAUGAGUUGCUCCUCGUGGAUGUGAGUAUUCUGGACGUAGACAGCCCUCGUGUUGAUUCUGCGCUGAAGGUCCGCUUCUCUCCGGCCUCCACCGAACACUUACUGGUCGCUAUUUCUUCGAACAAGAUCCUCUGGGUCAGCACCAAGACGGGUCGUCUGCUUCGGGAGGUGUCUAAAGUGCACAAACACGAAUGCUCAUCCCUGGCUGUGAGCGAAGACGCCCGAUUCCUGCUGACUGCUGGACACAAUGCUGUGAAAGUUUGGGAUUAUAACAUGCUGCUGGAUAUAAACUCACAGAUGUUCAUCGGCCACAGUCAGCCCAUCCGUCAGGUGAGCUUCACCCCUGACCAACUGGGGGUGGUCUCAGUGGGAGACGCCAUCUUCCUUUGGGACUUCCUGGCACAUCCUGCAGACCCUUUGGCCGACAGUUGUUCACCUCUCAGAAUGAGCUCCAUCUCUGCUCCUAAAUCAGAUCAACCAGAAGCUAAAGAGAGUACAGUUCAGAUGUCCAAUGGGAUGCCUCGACAGACAGCACCUCUCCCCUCCUCGCCUCCACCACAACUAGACAUCAGCACAAUAGACCAGGCGGGCGAGGGAGGUUUGGGGUCCGUGUCUAUUUGUGAUGAAGCCCCAAACAUUCCAAACUUUCAAGUCGCAACCACUGGAUCAGGUCCUUCCUCCCAAUCCAGAGCUGCUGUGUCCUUCCUCAAAGUCACAGAGCUGGUCGACCUAGCUCCUCUAAAUACCAGUCUAAAAGAUAUUGUUGACUUGAAAGAGAAGAAGCCAGUACGUCCAGAUUGUUACCGACACUUCUUCCCUCGUUUUAACACCUCCACUCUCGAUCAGGCUGCUGUAGCUCCCCUAAAAGGACAGGAGGGCAUACAGCUGAAGGCAGUCAUUGGCUACAACGGCAAUGGACGUGGAAACAUGGUGUGGAGCCCUGAGCAAGGUCUGUUUGCAUAUUCAUGCAGUUGUUUGGUGGUGGUGGAGUACCUUCAUACAGGAAGUCAGAGACACUUGCAGGGCCAUAGUGAGGAGAUCUCUUGCCUCACAUUCACAAAUGAUGCACAGACAUUGGCAUCAGCAGCAGGAGGCAGUAACGGUACCAGGAGCCUCAUCUGCAUUUGGGAUUUACAGAAUGGAACCUGUCAUAAAACCAUCUCUUACCACAAGGGGGCAGUGCAGAGUCUGGCUUUCUCUAGGGAUGAUCGCUUCUUUAUCUCUGUUGGAGAUUUCUCCGACCCCAAAGUAGCUCUCUGGAACAGUAAGACCUUCCAGCUGCUGUCCUGCGUGACUGUAUCAGGACCGAUCCAUGACGUGGCCUUCAGCCCCUCAACAGCCAGUCAGCUAGCCUGUGUGGGCAGCCAAGGGGCUUAUUUCUGCCUCAUCCACACCCACGGCUCUGAUGUAAACCUCAAGGUGCAGAGGGUGAGAGCGACAGUGGAGAUGGGUGAUGUGGAGCUGACGGCUCUGUGCUACCACAUGGACUCCUUCCUUUUCACUGCAACCAAUCACGGACAUGUUUGUGUCUGGGACGUUACUACACAGCGCUGCUUCAUGACUUGGGAGGCUGAUGAGGGCGAGAUUGGUGUGCUGCUGUGUCGAGGGAACCGUCUGUUGACAGGCAGCAACACCCGCUGGUUGCGACUGUGGGAGGUAGGAGCUGCUCUCGGUGUGAAGCCUCGGGAAAAGGUCUGCAAUGGAGAAGACAGCGGGACCAUGGUGGUGUUGAAGCAGGAGAUCAUGCUAGAUGGGACUGUGGUCAGUGCAGCAUUCGAUAACACAAUGGACAUGGGCGUAGUCGGCACCACAGCAGGAACCCUCUGGUACAUCAACUGGUGUGACAACACUAACACCCGGCUGGUCAGCGGGCACAAGAACAAGGUGAACGACGUGGUGUUCAGCUCUGACGAGAGACAUUUUGCCACCUGCAGCGAGGACGGCAGUGUGAGGGUUUGGUCAGCUCUCAGCAACGAGCUGGUGGUGCAGUUCCAGGUGCUCAACCAGGCCUGUGGAUGUAUAUGCUGGAGCCCUUCUUGCAAUAAGGACAGCAUGUGUGUGGCUGCAGGGUACAGCGAUGGCACCCUGAGGAUCUUCAGACUCGCCUCCUCUGAGAUGGAGAUGAAGCUGCAGCCUCAUAAUGUGGCUGUAACUGCUGUCCAGUACUCUGCCAACGGUCAUGUGAUCCUUUCAGCUGGGAAGAAUGGUCUUGUAGUUGUCAGCAGUCCUGUGAAUGGAGCGACAAUUCGUGUCAUCAGGGACCACAAAGGAGCAACGAUAACCUCCAUCCAGUGUGUGAAUGAACAGUGUAAGGAUUUUGGACUGGAGGGAAUUGAGAUGUGGUUGGCUGCAAGUGAUGACAGACGUGUCAGUGUGUGGGCUGCCGAUUGGAUGAAGGACAAGUGUGAUUUGCUGGACUGGCUGACAUUUCCUGCUCCGUCCUACAUCGGGGAUGACAGCCCACCUCCGAGUCUGGCUGCCUUCUGCCCCACAGACCCCAGCCUGGUGGUCUACACGGGCUAUGGAGUGGAGAAAGAGCUGUCCUUUUACAGCCUGGCUAAAAAACAGAUAAUAAAAAAGAUUGCCCUGCCUCACUGGGCCACAUGCUUUAGCCUUUCCUGUAAGAGUCAACUCAUAGCUGUUGGAUCAAAAGAGAGAGUGCUGAAGUUGAUCGAGUCGACCGGCGGCAGGUUCCAGGACUUUGUGCAGCACAGCGACUCACUGCAGUCGUGUCACUUCUCUCCCUCUGGGUCUCUUCUCUUCACUGUAGCUUAUAAUGAGAUCCUGCUGUGGGAGGUGAAGGGCCUCAGACUGCAAACUUCAUAUCUUUAGAUUUCAAAAAUCUCUGUAAAUGUAUUGUUCUAUAUUUCAAUUUUUUAUUAAUCAAAUCUUUUUUAGAGAAGAAAUGUAUCUGACUCAAAUUUCCGUCAAAGAUGUAGGGAUUAUUUAAUUGAAUGGUACUCCUGAUGUUUGAGUAUUUAUUUGGCUUUUCUUACUGUGAGUUUGUACUUGUAUAAAUGAACACAGCUCCUGUUUUUAAUGGUGGAUAGAACCAGUUUGUGGGCUGCUCUGAGAUCGGGCUUUAGAUAAAAAAGCAGCAUGUAAAAUCACAUCCAUAAAGUAAGAUGACACCAACAAUGCUAACAUACAAAAUAAGAAACUGCUGUGGCCAAAGACAUUUGUAUUUUCACAUGCUUUCCAUCAGAACAUGAAAUGGUCCUACACAGUAAAAUGCACAUACCAUGACCUAGGAGUUAUGGUAAGUGCAUAAUAUUCAUAUUUUUCAGGGAGGGAAAUUAUCC